UACCACAUAGGUAUACUAGUAGUAGCUCACAGGCAUCCCCCUCGGCUUGCCAAAUUCCUCGGUAACCCAACCCAACCCAACCCAACCAGCAGCGCGCACCGCGACCAUGUCCCCGACCAAGACCGGCGUCGCCGUGCUCCUCGCCCUCCUGGCGCUGUCGGCGCCCCUGGCCUCGUGGGCCGCCGGCCAGGGCCGGCCGAACCCCGGCGGCGGCCCGUGGUUCGGCGGCGGCGGCGGCGGGAUCCCGUGGUUCGGCGGCGGCCCGGGACCGGGCGCCGCGUUCUUCGGCGGGUGGGGCGAGGGCGGGCUCGGGUACCGGCGCGGGGCCGUGGUGCCGCCCUCCAUGGUGUGCGCGGAGCAGGGGCCCUGCCACGGGAAGCGCCUCACCUGCCCGGCCCGCUGCUUCAGGUCCUUCAGCUACAAGGGCAAGAACGGCGGCGGCGGGGGCGGCGGAGGGGGCUGCAGCUUCGACUGCACCAGCCGCUGCGUCGCCACCUGCUGAAUCCGCCGGCGACGGCCACGGCUCACGCGGAUGGACGGACGGAUGGUGCUGUGGGUGAUCACAUCAGUAGCUUAGCUAGCUAGUACUAGCUAGGACACUACCAGUGGUUUGCUUGUGAUGGAGCUGCUCGGGGUGCUUGAUUGGCGUGGUAACGAUGAGUGGUGCUCGUGGUAUGUGUGUGCGUGUCUGUAAAUCUCAGCUGCGGAUGUUUUGAUCAAUAAGAUAAGAUGCAUGAAUAAAAGAGGAUUAUUGUGAUCUUCAGCUUGCUGCUUU